CGUGGAUCUUUCUCGAUCGCCGUUGCUCAUGGGCACGCUCCCCGAUGCUAUCGAAACCACAGCCAUUCCCGACCAUGUAUCCACCGUCUGCUCCAAGAUCCGAUGCAGCUUGCCUUCCACAGGGCCACUCGGAUUUGCUCCUCGCCAUCCUCGCUCUCCUUCCUCCUGUCGAUCGCCUCCGAUGUCGCAGAAUCUCAAGGCGGUUCAACAGUCUUGUAUGCCUUCCAGCCGUGUGGUCCAAGCUGGAGCUGAAGCACCUCGACCUCUACGCCGUCACAAAGCUCCUCGAGUUUGCCUUUCGGAUCUGCCACGGCUCUUGCGCUGGGUCUAUCGAUGAUGCAGAUCUCCCACCGAGCCACGCCAAAGUCGGUCUCGAAGGAACACCCCAACCCGCAAGCCCUGUGCAGUGGUCUCUCUCCAUCUCAAACUGCACGCCUUAUCGGGCCUCGUCUUCGGCAGAGUUUGAAACCCAUAUCGGAAACGCCCUGCCCUUCCUGGACCCGGCCCUGACGCACGUCCCGGCAUUAGGAACAGCAGCAGCCGCGGCGGAAGCUCCCAUCAACCUGGCAUUGGCGGAGCCUGCCAGGGCCAACUUCUCCUCGCACCAACGAAUGUUCAUCUCAACCUUGUCCCAGAUUCUGCCCGAGUGGGGAGCGCUCCUCGACUCUCUCACAAUCGCCGCCUGCCCCGAGAUCGACCGAGUCGCCAGUCCGCUGUUCUGGCUGGUCAUGAAACACUGCAAGUCGCUACGGGCACUGGAGUAUCACUCAUACAACGAGCGGGCCAUGACGGACGAGGUCAUUUGGGGCCUCACGGCAUCGCUGCCAAUCCUGUCCCGGUUCUCGUCCCUGGAUGAGCUUUCCCACCACGGCAUCUACUUUGUCUGCCGGGGCUGGGGUGCCUCGCUGACCUCGCUCGAGCUCAGUGGCAGCGGAAUGUCGAAAGCGCACUCGCACCAGAGCCUGCUCCUGCUGGCCCAAUACUGCCCAAAUCUCGAAUCGCUGGCACUGGUCGAGUUCGAGGGCCUGGAUGACUUGGUGGUUAAGGCGUGGCUGGGAGCCGACACUUCCUCGACAUCGACUGCAACGCAAGCAACAUCGACCACUGCUGCGAUGACUCCAGCAACACUGUCUGUAACUACUGCGGUGCCGUCAGUGCCGUCAUCGUCGUCGACGUUGUUCAUGGCGCCAACGUCGUCCGCAUCGUCGAUAUCGGUUUCUUCGGCGCCGGCAACCGAUUCCUCCAAAAUGGCUGCGGGCUCGGGCAGCUGGCAGCUCCUCGAGUCCCUCCGGAUCGUCAAAACCCUCUCCGUCACAUCGAUGCUCAGCACCACCGGCAUCGCCAGGAUCCUCUCGCGUCUGCCCCGACUGCGCUACUUUGGCUUUGAAACGACCUUCAGUGCCUUCUUCCCGGACCUGAAUGUCUGGGACGACCCCGUGGCGGUCCAGGAGUACCUCGCGCUGUUGGUGACCCUGGAGUCUCUACCAACCCGCCGCCCAGACUGCAGAGUGCGGAUCGCUGACCUGACCAGCUAUCCGAGCAUGUGAUAAUGCAAACCAUGGGAGCGCCAUGCAUCCUCUGAUUGAAUGCGCAUGUCUUCUACAGCGUUUCCAAUGCACAAUGAGCACCCUGUUCUGAGCCUGGACAGUUGAUUUUUCUGGAACUUGAAUACACCCACCCACUCAUUGCAA